CUUCAGUCUCACUCGUUGCCAGUGCCACCCGCACAUCCUCGUCGCCCAUGGCGGCUUCCGUCCGGGGCCUCGCGCUCCCGCCGCCCCUCGCCUCCCCCCGCACGUCCUCGCGCUGCCUCGCCCCGGUCCCGCGGGGGCGCAGCCGCAGCCAGCGCCGCGUCGCUGGAGUCCGCGCGGCAGCGGCGGGGGUGGGAGGUACCUCGCGAGCGCCGGAGCCCGUGGAGGUGGUCGGCGUCGGGAGCCGGAAGGACGCCGUCAUCGAUUUCUGCUUGGGCUCCCGCACGCUCUCCUCCACCCCCAUCCGCUUUUGGACAGUACAUGCGACGGAUAGUUCUAAAGUACAGUUAAAACAAAAGGGUCAUGGAAAUGAUGCAGUAUUCAGAGACUUGGAACCUCCCUUAUUUCUUCGUCCCUGCCCACCUGCUGUUAUUCUUGUUUCGAGUGCAGGACAGGAUGCUGAUCAUAUCACUGCAAUGGAGCUUCUUAGUGCUGUCAAAUCUGCUGGUAAACUGGCUGCAUCAAUAUUUUUGAAGCCCUUCUGUUUUGAGGGACAAAGACGGCAAGUAGAGGCAUCUGAUUUGAUUGGCAAACUUCAAACUUGCUCAAACUUUCACAUUGUUAUUGAAGCUGAUUCACUGCUUGAGACAGAAGUGGAAACCCUUGCUGAAGCUUUGGAAAGUGCCAAUAAUGCUGUCCUGUCAACUAUUAGCAUGAUAUCUAUCAUGAUGUCUGGCUAUAAUCAGAUGUUCUGGAGUUCCCUUAACGCACAAAUUAAGGAAGUUGAUCCUGAGGAAGUAGCCAAACUACUCAGAAGCUAUGGUGAAGCUAGAGUUGGAUUUGGUGCUGGUUAUAACAUCCAGUCAGCAAUUAAGCAGGCCGUCUUCCACUGUCCAUUUCUUCGUGGUUGCAUAAAGGACUUGAACAAUGUGGUUUUUCUCUCCCUUACAACUGCUCGGGUAUUGUCUGAAAGUGACAUGAUCUCCACCUUGCACAUCUUUCGUCGUGUUACCGGGUUCACCAAAGAUAUUAUUUUUUCUAGAAAUUCUGAACCUGAUUUAGAGCCAAAACUGAUAGUGGUUUCUCUACUAACUAUUCGAAACUGCCAUGAUGAAAAUAUUGCUUCAGUGAAGGAGGGCUUUCUUUCAAGUUUGGCCGUGCAUUUUCCUUUUAUAUCCUCUCUUAUGGGAGGAGAUAUUUCUGAACAGAAACAAGCUUGGUCGAACCGUUCAAUUAAUCAAUUGCCUGACAACGGAUCAAAUUCUGCAGAACGUGAAUUCUCACAAUCUUCUAAUGGUUUUACUGAUGCUACUGUUUCUAAAAUGUUUCCUGAAGAAAUUGAAGUUUUGAAAUCUGAGAGAGAGAUUAAUAACAGGAAUGGGAGAAUACAACCAGAAUCUCUAGAAGCUGAUUUUUUAGCUGCUGAAGAAAUGAGCAAAGAUGAGAACAGAGAUCAUUUAGGUUCACAGCAGGAGCAUAAUUUCUGGAGCAACUCCCCUGGUUUUGGCAUUGCACAAUUGUGGGCUAAAGAGCGUAUCACAGAAAACAGAGGCAGUCAAAACGAUGAGCUUCAUAUUGUCACUCUUCCUGUUGGUGUAAAAUCUAGUGAAGUUCAGAAUGAUCGUUCUCCAAAUACUCAGCCUGAAACUCCUAAUUCUGGCACCUCUGUAGCUACUGGACAUGCUGCCUUUGGAGUAUCACUUUCUGAUGUUCGUUUGGAUAAAGUAAUGGACAUGUGUAGUUCUGCAGUUACAUUCCUGAGUGGUAGAAUGGAUAGGUCUCGAAAGCGUGGCUCAAUUGCCAGCCGGGCUGCACAGAUGCUCAAUGCAGAAAGAGAACCAGAAAAGACAUGGAGCCCCAUUGUUGAAAUACGGUAUGGAGGGGGAACUUAUAUAGGGAGAUGCCAAGAAGGUGCCCCUGAAGGAAAGGGGCGUUUAACCUUCAGUGAUGGGAGCGUUUAUGAUGGAUUCUGGAGGUAUGGUAAGAGAUCUGGUUUGGGGACUCUCUUUCACAGUAAUGGUGAUGUCUACCAUGGAACAUGGAGGGAUGACCUUAUUCAUGGAAAGGGCUGGUACUAUUUUCACAGUGGUGACCGUUGGUUUGCGAAUUUUUGGAAAGGGAAGGCUAAUGGCGAGGGUAGAUUUUAUGCCAAGGAUGGGAGUAUCUUCUUUGGCCAUUUCCAAAAUGGAUGGCGCCAUGGGGAGAGCCUUUUGGUAGAUGCAAAUGGAUCAAGGUGGAUUGAAGUUUGGGAUGAGGGUGUACUUAUUGGCAGAGCUAAAAUGGAGAAAUAGGGUUGCAUCUAACUAAAUUGUCCAGAUGUUGUUGACAACACUUCGCUCCUCAGAUGGUAUAGGGCUAUGUUUUCAAAUCUCAGAUGCUGCAAGGCACUCUGGUAUGAGCCUCUUCAUUAUACACGACGUGGUUCUGUAUUCAGUCUUGAAAGUCGUAAAUAGGUGCCUGUUGGAAGCACCGUUGAAGUGUUGAUGCCUAACUUUUCAAAGCUGUGGACUGUCGUCAUUUCUGUAUAUACCACUGGAAUUAUGGGAGAUGGCAUCCUUCCCGCUGAUGUACCAAGCUGGGAACAGCCGCUCAACUGCACCCAUUCAUGAAGUGUGUUUGAUUUAUUUCAUUGCUAACCACUAGAUAUUUUCUUCUCUGGUUAGGGUGGUCUGUACAUGGAUUAACAAGCUCUCAUGGCCUUACUCAUUUCAGUUGAAUAUUGACUAACCACAAAUGUGAAUCAAAUCUGACCCUUUCCCUUUCUUUAUGUUUCCAUCGGUAUCACCUAUCCAUCAUGUUUCAAUAAUGGUAUGCAAUCUUAGUCAAGUUUACUUGUUUCACAUGGAUCAAUCAGUAGGUGCCCAAUGACUUGAAGUUUUUUGUAGAAAUUAUCACGAAGAUAUGGUACAACAAAAGGUCAAAGAGAGUAUAUCCAUUGUGUUGAUAGAGUGCUAUUGUUUUUCUUUCAGUUUGGGCUUGUAGUUGGUUCAGGGCUUGGGUGACCGGAAUCAGAUGAAUGCUGUGGAAAUGUGAAGAUCUCUUCA